AUGAAAAAAAAUGGAAUAGUACGUCUGUGCGUCGUAGAAGGUCGCGGUCCCUUCAAACGAGGCGCAACUUUCUGUCCCAUUUUGGAAGAGGAGAAGUCUGGCGUGGAGUGUGUAUUAGGAGCUGAUCAACUGGACUGCCUGCGUCGCAUAAGUAAAGGAACAGUUGACUUCGGAGUAUUUAGCCCUGAGGAUCUGAUAGCAGCGCAGUGGGCUGACAUCGACGUCCUAGUCACUAAUGAGAUUAGACAAAGACAUAGACCAUACGAGCGUAGAAUAGUAUCGGUAGUUAAUCGUCGCAUUCUGUUUGAGAGUGAGGCGUCUUUAUCAAAUGUUCUUAGGAACAGUACUCUGUGUCACCCCGGUGUCGGGGUCGAUGACCUCCGACCGUUAUCAGAUACCCUCGCUGGGUACCUGGAGUCCCUCAUCAUUCCUCGUUCGUGUGAACCGGAGCUGACCCUCACUGAGAACCACAUCAAGGCUGUGUCCAGCUUCUUCUACAAAGCUUGUAAAGCCGGACCCUGGGUACCAGAUAAAGAACGCGAUGCUGCUCUUAAGAAGAAAUAUCCAAAUCUGUGUGGAGCUUGUGCCAGCGCGGAGUGUUCAACAAAUGAUAAGUACUUUGGCCCGCUUGGAGCUCUACAGUGUCUGGGGGAUGACGCGGGCGACGCUUUGUGGGGGGAAAUGGAUGAUGUCAUGUACUUCUUUGGGGUGAACUCCUCAUCCGCGGCCAAUUCCGCUGCAAACAUCGAUUCCUUUUCGUAUUUAUGUCGCGACGGCAGCUCGCAGCCUGUCGCAGGGAACUUGGAGCCCUGCGUGUGGCUGAACAGACCCUGGCCCGUAGUUAUCGCUAAACGGAAAGCUUCAGCAUCAGUGAGUUCCCUGGUAUCAUCACUGCAGGAGGAGGACCUUUUCCGUAGUAAUUGGCGCGGGGCCCUCGCCUCACUGCUCGAGGUCCGCCAGGCCCCAGUAACUGCUCACAUGAAGGCCCCACUCGACUACCUCGCAUCAGCUAAAGGCUUCAGAGAAGCUUACAGUCAGAGCGGAUGUGAUCCUCCUAGACACAUAACAAUGUGCACGAAUUCGUUAUUGGAGAAGAAUAAAUGCGAGUGGUUGAGCGAGGCGGGCGCCGUGUACGGGGUCAAGCCACCGCUACAGUGUGUCAUGACGCCGGGCGCUGCGGACUGUCUGAGGAGCGUCAGGGACGGCGCUAGUGACGUCACUGUACAAGACAGCGACUGGCUACCCGUGGGUAGUAGGAUUUUCGAUUUGAAGCCCGUUCUCUACGAAGUGACUCCUAUAGUAGAAAAAAUGGACACCGUCAUGGCUUACGUCAGAAGUGACGCCAGUAUAAACAAUAUGGCGGAUUUACGUGGAAAAAGAGCCGCGUUCCCAAGCUACGAUGGCGUCGCGUGGCAUUCAGUGUUCAAAUAUAUAGCUGACAAAGAGAAAUACAGCUGCCACGACGCUGUACAAGAUUAUUUCAGUGAAAUCUGUGCUCCGGGUGUAGAAAUUAGUGGUUUCGAAGUGGAUAUUACUGAUAAAUAUACUAGGAAUUGUUAUAAGGAAGAGGACACAGUGAUAAGAGGAGAGGUAGCGGCUUUGAGAUCGAUUGUCGAAGGCAAGAGUGAUGUUGCGUUCAUUAGUAUGAAAACUGUUAAAAUGUACCAAAGUAAUUUGAUAAACGAGCCAUGGUCCAACAAGAAAGUAGAUCUUAAACAAGUUUGUCCUGACGAAAACAAGAAGUACUGUUACAUAUCCUGGUCAAACAUCGGUCAUAUUUACGCCAAAAAAAACAUAACAGCUAUGCGAAAACACGAAAUUAUCACGAUGUUUACGAAAUUAGAUCAGUUAUUCGGCAAGCACCAACCAUUCCACAACGUCAUGUUCACGAUGUACGGGCCGUAUAAUCACCAAAUUGACGUUAUUUUCCAUAAUAAUACUAAAAGUUUAUCAACUGAACACUUAUUUAAAACACAUCCAUACGACUCAAUGCCGUUUAAUUUUGAGACUAGUUAUGAUGACAGCUGUCAAACAGUUAUUUCUAGUACAGCGUAUAAAUUGGCGCCAACAGUUGUAUUGUUGGCGGCAAUUUUAUGUAUAUUAGUCGUAAAUUAG